CACAUUAACUAUUUAUUUCCAUUUUUUAAUUUUUUAUUUUCUUCUGAACCGCUAAUCUUCACAGUAUUCCCACCGGGCCGGAAAUGGAGGCCCAUACUCUCCGACGGUUUCACUCUCUCAACAACAAUGCACACGUCGACACUCACCACCACACACUCCCUCCUGUACGUGUCAUCCACGCGCUUUCUUCACCGGAAACUUCUCAUCACACGUUCCGUGUGGUUCCGUCCAGCAAACGUCACCGCCACGUCAGCAUCAGCACCGUUCACCGGAGGAAUCCGGAUGAGGAGUGUCUCCGUCGCCGCUGCCACGUCAGCAUCGGCGCCGUUAACCGGAGGAAUUCGGAGGAGUGUAGCAACGGACGUUGCCACGUCAGCAUCAGUGCCGUUCAACGGAGGAUACCGGAGGAAGAGAGUAGCAGCGCACGUCGCCACGUCAGCAUCAGCGGAGUUAACCGGAGGAUACCGGAGGAGGAAGAGUGUGAUGACGCAGGUUAUGCUCGGCGGAGAAGACGAGAUGUGCUGGUGAUGCCGUUGGUUGCGAUCGGAGCUAGUGUGCUCCGAUCGGCGGUAGCUAGGGCGGAGGAGAAGGCGGAGACGGUGACGGAGACGAAUACCGCGAUUGCGCCGGUGAAGGAGGUGAAAGCGGAGGCGGUGACGGCGGAGAAGGUGGAGGUGAAGAAGGAGGAGGUGAUAACAUCGAGGAUUUAUGAUGCGACGGUGAUCGGAGAGCCUAUGGCGGUGGGGAAGGAUAAAGGAAAGGUGUGGGAGAAGCUUAUGAAUGGGAGGAUAGUGUAUUUAGGUGAAGCGGAACAGGUUCCGACUCGAGAUGAUAAGGAAUUGGAGGUUGAGAUUGUGAGGAGUUUGGCGAAGAGGUGCGCAGAGGCAAAUCGAAGGAUUACGUUGGCUUUGGAGGCGUUUCCGGCUGAUUUACAAGAACAGUUGAAUCAGUUUAUUGAUAAAAGAAUUGAUGGAGAGACCUUGAAGCCAUUUGUCUCGUAUUGGCCAGCUCAGAGAUGGCAGGAAUAUGAGCCUCUUCUAAACUACUGUCGUGAUAAUGGAGUCCGGCUUGUUGCAUGCGGUACACCACUUAAGGUCAUCAGGACGGUUCAAGCCGAUGGUAUUCGUGGACUAUCAAAGGCCGAACGUAAAGCUUAUGCUCCUCCAGCUGGUUCAGGAUUUAUAUCCGGCUUUACAUCAAUCUCACGUAGACCUUUAAAAGAAUACAACUUCCCAAACCAAUCUAUUCCAUUUGGUCCAAGCUCUUAUCUAUCUGCACAAACCAGAGUUAUCGAGGAGUACACCAUGUCUCAGAUAAUUUUACAGGCUGUUACAAACGGUGAACCCACCGGACUGCUGGUGGUGGUGACGGGUGCAAGCCAUGUUGCUUACGGGUCAAGAGGGACCGGGGUACCUGCAAGAAUUGCAAAGAAGAUGCAAAAGAAGAAUCAAACUGUUAUAUUGCUUGACCCUGAACGGCAGUAUAUAAGACGCGAGGGUGAAGUUCCUGUUGCUGAUUUUUUAUGGUAUUCUGCUGCCAGACCAUGCACCAGGAAUUGCUUUGAUCGUGCGGAAAUUGCUCGAGUUAUGAAUGCAGCUGGCAGAAAGCGAGAUGCUUUGCCACAGGAUAUCCAAAAAGGACUGGAUCUUGGUCUCGUAUCUCCGGAAGUACUGCAGAAUUUCUUUGAUCUAGAACAGUACCCUCUUCUAUCAGAACUUACUCAUAAUUUUCAGGGUUUUCGAGAAAGACUACUAGCAGACCCCAAAUUCUUAAACCGAUUAGCUAUAGAGGAAUCAAUAUCAAUAACCACUACACUCAUAGCACAAUACCAAAAACGUAAAGGAAAAUUCUUCGAAGAAAUCGAUUACGUCAUGACAGAUACCAUUAGAGGAAUAGUAGUCGAUUUCUUCACAGUUUGGCUUCCAGCCCCUACAUUAUCAUUUCUUUCAUUUGCCGAUGAUGCUAACGGGCCCGAUAGCAUAGAUGCGCUAACGGGCCUUUUGGGGUCCAUACCGGAUAACGCGUUUCAAAAAGCACUUGCCGGGAAGGACUGGGAUGUGGGCCAUAGAGUUGCUUCGGUAGUUGUUGGUGGUGUAAAACUUGCCGGUGUUGGAUUUAUUUCUAGUAUUGGAGCUGUAGCUGUGUCGAAUGUGUUGUACACCGCGCGCAAGUUUCUUAAUCCCACUCUUGUAAAUACGCAACAAGUUAAAAGAUCACCGAUUAUGAAAACCGCGGUUGUUUAUAGUAGCUUUCUUGGGACAUCAGCUAAUCUCCGGUAUCAGAUUAUUGCUGGACUGGUGGAGCAUCGCCUUUCCGAUAUGUUUUCUGAUCAAACAUUAUUUGUAAAUAUGAUAUCGUUUGUGUCGCGGACAAUCAAUUCUUACUGGGGAACUCAGCAAUGGAUCGAUCUCGCACGGUUUACGGGUCUACAGGCGCAAAAAAGCGAGCCACCUUCAAACCAAACAAUAGAAGCUGCAAAUCCUGCUACAGUAGGUUGCAACACUACAGAAGAAGCCAAUGUUGAUGAAAUCGAAAAUCAACAAUCAAUGAGAUGAUGUCAAGCCAUAGCUGCUGAAGGCGUUUCCCGUAAGGAACGGCUCUUCGUUUUCAUUUUUUUGUUACUAUACUAUUAUGCUCGUUAUUGUAUUUAUAAUAUAAGUUUGAGCAUAUUAUACACAUCACAAGAUGAAGAUAGAUAGAGGCUAAAUUUCAGCAGACUUUAAAUAAAUAUUGGCUUUAGCCUGCAGGUAAAGGGCGCAAAUUUUGAUUGAAUACAAAAUUCUUUAAUAUAUA